AUGUAGUAGAUGUAGAAAAGGGUUUUCUGUCGUGAUAUAUUCCUAGCGUGUUAUUUGGCCUGGUCGCUAUCGAGUUACAGUGUAGUUUUGGGCACCGACUAUCAACUGGUGCAAGGCAACAAUGCAAUUUGCUACAUAUUCGGUUACACUCUUCUCCUGACAGGGAUUAUCCAACGAAGCAGAACUUGUAACAUGGUAUUGGAUAACUAUUAAUCGCUUUUGGAAUUAAAUUCACGUGACACCUGAAUGAAAAUGACAUUCAACUUUGUUAGCCGGUUCCAGAGAAGCGACUAGCCUCGGCUAAUAAAGAUGGCGCCCGGGCGGUGCAUCGUUUCCGUCUCCAUGAGCGCGUUGCAGCAACACCGUCGGAUAAAAUACAAGUUGCUAUCGUGUCUGUCGUAAAACCAAACCGAUGGAACAUAUGUUCCCGUGUCCUAUGUCACAUGUUGAAUGCUCUCGGCUGCAUCGUCGCCUUUUGCCACAAUAAGUUUCUAAUUUAGCCAGUCGUGGAUUUAGCUAAGGCUAUCUUAUUGCUAUCAAUGUCAUGUGUUCAAACUCCAUAAAUUAACCUGAUCACGGUCACUUCAACCUCUGCUCAUCUUCUAACGAGUACUUGGGUUGUGGGAAAUAUGGUAAUAAUAUUAUUUUGUCUGAAUUUUGGGAUAUUUCCUCCAAAUAGAUACCGAUGGGCCUUGGAUGUGCUGUGACGAGGUGGAUAGAGUAGCCAAAAAAACGUCCUUAAAUGAAGCCUGCUGUUAUACUUUUAACUUGACUCAAGUAAAAGUAAAAUGUAGUCUUCCAAAUAAUCGAGUAAGUUAGUAUUCAUUGGACAAUCACUACUCAAGUGCUGAGUGACUGGUGAAUAAUUUCUUUUUAAAUCAGCAUGAGUGUCAAAUAGACGAAAAUGUGAUCAACUAGGAAUGUGCAAAUUAAAAUACUGCCCAAUAUUAUGACUUUAACAAAAACAAUGAUUAAAUAGUCUUUAUAAACUAACAAAUUAAGAUAACUUCAGCCACAAAAGUGAUCUUAAUUUUAAUUGUCUACACUUGUGAAGAGACUCAGAUGACAGCACAUGACAUCGCUGUUCUUUUUUUUUUUGUAGUCUGUAAAGUAAACGGAUUAAAUUUGAGGGCAGGGGUGUUGUGCCUCUUGACAAUAAAUUGCACUUUUUUUCUUCUGUUGUUUCUGCUGUGCAUCAUGUAAAUAAGUCACUAUAAACUUCUGUGUGGGUCUUUGGGCUCCUAUAAUUUCACUAAUUCCAACUAUACACCAAUUUUAUUGGCCUGAUUGGUAUCGGCUGAUAAUUAGCAUUUUAUGCUGAUCGGCUUUAAUGUCAUUAUUCGGCGAGAUCGGCUCCGCAAGACAUUUACUCUGCGUCGCCAUCGUGCACAGUAUAUUUGAAUCCAAAAGCUAGUUUAUUUUUUGCCUUGUCGCAUGUCUUUUGACAUAGUACUGUAAAUAUCUGAUGGCCAAUGAAGUUAUUUAAAAAAAUAAUAAUAAUUUUUUUUUAAAUGUUGGCGGUGUGGUACAGACAACACGUCUGAGACAGGCAACACGUAAUGACUAGACUAGAAGACAAAUUUGUCUUCUAGUCAUGUCAGACUACUGCAAUACAAUAUUGUAUUCCGAUACCACCGCAUCCCGUUUUUUACGAUCAUUCGGCUUUAUCUUGUCAACUCAAAUGCGACCGAAUACACUCGUUACUGUGGCGACGACGAGUGAUUCGCACCGACUGUAUUGUAAGGACAAAAUGGGGAAAAACGUGUGUUGGUGGUCACCGGUGCUCAGGACAGGAGAAGACGUUCGUUUAAGGAUUGCUUGAGGGCACGAGCGCGGAGCAAGACAACCGGUUUAGCAACAAGCACAAGAAACUGUUAAAGCAGCUGAAAUUUGCAGAAUGUCUCGACAAGAAGGUGGAUAUGACCAAAGUAAACCUGGAAGUCAUAAAGCCAUGGAUUACUCAACGAGUGACAGAGAUUUUGGGCUUCGAGGAUGAUGUCGUCAUAGAGUUCAUAUUUAACCAGCUUGAUGAAAAGCAUCCGGAUAGCAAGAUGAUGCAGAUUAACUUGACUGGUUUCCUGAAUGGGAAAAAUGCUAGAGAGUUCAUGAGAGACCUCUGGCCCCUGUUGCUGAGUGCCCAGGAGAACAUUGCUGGCAUCCCAACUGCAUUUUUGGAGCAGAAGAAGGAAGAAAUCAAGCAGAGACAGAUUGAGCAGGAGAAGCUUGCCUCUCUGAAGAAGUUGGAGGAAGACAAAAAAGAUUCAAGAGAGAGGGCUCAGUCCAAGAGCCCGAGAAGACGGAAGACGAGGUCCCCAUCGCCACGACGUAGGUCUCCAGUGAGGCGGGAAAGGAAACGUAGCCCCUCACGCUCCCCAAGACGUAAAGCUAAUUUACCUGGUGGGAGUUCACCUCCUCCACCCUUGAUGCAGCUGUCCACAAAACCUGUGGAGCAGCCAAUGGAGCCUGACACUUCAGGAAGUGCCAUGCCAGAACCAAUCAUCCAAGAAGCGUCUUCCACCAGUGAAACUGUUGUGGAGAUGGCGAAAGCAGACUCAGUGACUGAAGACAAGGAGAUGCCGCAUGAGAAAAAUAAGAAUGAAGAAAGGCCCAAGUCCAGGGAAAGGGAGAAGGAUAGUAGAAAGGAAAGACCUCAGCGCCGCUCCCGAUCUCAUUCCCGCCACCGCAAACGGCGCUCCCGUUCAAGAUCUUACUCUCCACGUAGAAGGCAGAGUCCCAGAAGAAGGUCUCCACGUCGAAGAAGCCCACCCAGACGAGCCCCCCCCAGCUCCAGAACCAGACCCAGGCGUUCUCCUGUCCGGAGGAGACGAUCUCGCUCUGCUUCAUCCUCUGGCAGCAGCUCCUCACGCUCUCGCUCACCUAAAAAAAUACUGAAAAAAAUAUCCAACACGCCUCUACGAAAACAGCCCCACUUUCCUGAUGCCUCUAUAAGCCCUAGUCCUAGGAAAGACAGGCGAUCACCAUCACCACACGUCAGAAGGGGCAGAGGUUCGUUGUCCCCUCCCAGAUCCUCUGAGGAAGAUAAAAACGAGAGAGGCGCAACUGCAGAUUCUGUGCAGCAGAGACGACAAUAUCGUAGACAGAAUCAGGAGUCAUCUUCAGAUUCAGGAUCUUCUUCCUCAGAUGAGGAAGCAUCCAAGAGACCAAAGGGAGGACCAGGUGCCAGAAACGGUGAUGUUAAGAGGAGGCGUAGCCACACUCCUUCCCCGAGAAGGCGACAGAGAGAGGCCUCUCCUAGGAAAAGACGUUCACCAUCUCCUGGUGCACGCAGGCGCCGUUCUCUUACUCCCCCAAGACGUCGCAGGACCCCUUCACCAAGACGAAGGUCUCCUUCCCCACCUUCCCGCAGACGUUAUUCUCCUCCCAUCCAGCGUCGCUACAGCCCUGUACCGCCUCAGAAGAGGAAAUUAUCUAACUCUCCUGCUAGACGUGCUUCACCAGGGCACAAACGCCGUCCAUCUAGAUCGCCAAAACGCAGAAGUUCUCCUGCUCAGCGGAGGCGCACGCCUCCCUCGUCAACAUCCCCGCCCAGACACAGAAGAAGCCCCAUGACCUCUUCUGUCCGGCCAAGUCGAGAUGCACGAUCCCCUCCUGUAGCAGCCAAUCGGCGCUCCCAGUCCCCUGCAAACCGCAGUCGCAUUAACAGAGGUUCCAACAGUCCUGUAAGACAGUUUGAAUCCUCCAACCAGCGGAGACACUCACCAUCACACAGUGAAAAACCUAUCCGAAGAGUCUCCCGCACCCCAGAGCCGCGCAGCAACCACGGACUUUCUUCGAGCCCUCAGCCUUUGAGAAGAGUUUCCUCCAGAUCUCGAUCCCUUUCUCCUCAACCAGCUGCUGUGAAACACCCAGCCCCCACAUCUGCCUCCCCCUCACCGUCUCGAUCUGCUAGUGCGUCCCCGCCACCAGCCAGAAAGGCCAGCAGUGGCUCUGGCAGCCGAUCACCCAGCAAGAAUUCAGAUGUUGAUGGCAGUGCCAAGAAGAAGAAGAAGAAGAAGGAGAAGAAGCAUAAGAAGGAGAAGAAGCACAAGAAGCACAAGAAGCACAAGAAGGAGAAGAGUGGCAACGCAGGAUCUGGAGAGACCCAGCAGAACCAGGGUGGGGAUGAAGAUGGUGAAUCAAGAAAGGAAUCAGAGAGUGAAGUGGAGGACACGUUGGAUGACCUGGAGAAACAUCUGAGAGAGAAGGCCCUGCGCUCCAUGAGGAAGGCCCAGGUGUCUCCCUCACAGAUGUCCUAAAUCUCAAGGCUCCCCCUUCCGCCUCCUAACCCUUUUCACAUUAACCUUGAUGUUUGUGAUCAACCUGAUUCAAUUUAGAAUGUACAAACUGUUAAUUUUGAGUUCUUUUUUUCUUUUUACAGAUUUGGUACAUUUUGAGGCAUUGCUUUUGUGUGAUUUGUCAGCCUACCAGCUAAACUGUAAAAAGCUUGUUGUCCAUACCUACUAAAUUGAUUAGCAUGGGAACAUAAAAAUUGAGGGGUUAAUUUCAAGAUGUUUUCUUCCCAAAACCAAAAGUAGUUUCCUUUUCAGAAGUGAUUGCAUGUGCAACGACUGUUAAUGAUGUGCAUGAACCACAGGUUAUGGCAUUUAGAUGAAAAGCUGCACAGUUAUGUGGUUCUGUUACCCUUCCAAGUCAGAGCAGUGUCACUACUGUUUAAGAAAAAAAAAAAAAAAAAAAAAAAAAUGUCCUCAUAGCAGUGCACAAUUGUGCACAAUUGUAUUUACCAGUUGGUUUUUGUGGCUUGUUCAAAAAGGAUGUUAUAAUUUAUCCAACUCAAAUUUCUUUCUUUUUUUUUCUUUUUUGACAUCCGUGCACCAAGCUAAUCCAUGUGGGACUGCUUUGUUUCGUAUUUAGUACACCUUAUUUGUCUUGUCAUCCUUUCAGAAAUUAAAACCUUUUGUAGGA